AAAAUCAGCUGAUUUCGGCAACUUUAACCUUGAUUUAAAACACGAAAAUCUAAGCGACUGAAAGAUAGCGAUUUGGAGAGAAGAUAAGCCCUGAAAAAGUACGUGUUUUUGUUGCUUUUACAAGUGUCAUUAAUCAACGACCUGAAAACCCACAAAACCAGUGAAAUUCCUGCAAACUGUUCGCAAAAUGAGCCAAUCUUCCCCAGAAGUGCAGCUCUCGGCCCUUCGUCUCAAAUACCAUGACCGCAAAGAUGCCUUUCUGGAGGAAAAUAUAAGCGUUAAGAACCCUAUUUGCGUGUUCCGCGAUUGGCUAGACCUGGCCCUCAAGACACCGGAGAUCCUAGAGGCUAAUGCCGCUGCACUGGCCACCGUGAGUGCCGAUGGUAAACCAUCCAAUCGCUUUGUCCUGGUCAAGGAUGCCACUGCUGAGGGCUUCACCUUUUUCACCAACUACGGCAGUCGCAAGGCGGCGGACAUUGCCGCCAAUCCCAAUGUGGCCAUAUCCUUUUAUUGGUUGCCGCUGAGGAGGAGCGUCCGGAUCGAGGGCAUGGCCGAAAAGAUUUCGCGCGAGGAUUCCCUCAAGUACUUCCACCAGCGACCAAGGGCUAGUCAAAUCGGUUCCGCUGCCAGUCCGCAAAGUCAGCAGAUUCCAUCUCGCAGCUACUUGGAUGAAGUGGAGGCUGGCAUUAAGCAAAAGCUGGGAGCUGAUGGAGAGGUUCCCCUGCCGAAUUGGGGCGGCUACCUAGUGCGUCCAGACCUCAUUGAAUUCUGGCAGGGACAGACCGAUCGGCUGCACGAUCGCAUUCGCUUCCGACGAGGUGCUGGAGUUGAGUCCGAGAUUGAUGGCAAGCUGGUGCAUAAGGGAGAGGAUGGCUGGAUCUACGAGCGAUUGGCUCCAUAGGUUGAGAGAUCUUUAAGGAUCAGAUGUCUUCCAAAUGUCGUAAAAUUUUGCAUUGAUAUGUUUUUAGAACAAGGUUAUAAUAUUAAAGAGAUUGUAAUAAAGAAGUAUGUUU